UAUUAUAGUUCUAAUUUAGGUAUCAAUGCCAAUCCACUGCAGUUCUAUCGCCAUGGAAUCACACAUCCGUGGAAGAUCUUCUGCGAACCAUUUAUGCUGAACCAUGGCGUUCUCAUAGUCGGUUAUGGUACCGAGAAGAAUAAACCAUAUUGGAUCAUUAAGAAUUCAUGGGGAACCAAAUGGGGAGAGGACGGAUAUUACAGGCUCUAUCGUGGAAAGAACGUUUGUGGUAUACAAGAAAUGGCCACGUCAGCUAUUGUCUUAUAG